UCUCCAAGUAUUCAGACAAUUGUGAGCUUCAUUGACCACGUUGUUGUUUAAAGUGGUCCCUAGAAACGAAGAUUUUCUAUACCUUGGAUUAUAGAUUAACCCAUAAAUUAUGGAACAAUGGAUGAAAAUCUCACUACUUCUCUGCCUCUUCGGUUUCCUCAAAGAAAUGCGCCCCUCGGAACCAUUCUACUACGAAUUUCUAAUCGGUCCUACGAAAGAUCUAACAGAAGAUCAAAUACUCAAAGAAGCUUAUCCCCUAGGAACCUACAGCAACUUAGUUUGCUUAGUAAUAUUAUUUUUGAUAACAGACAUAUGCAGAUACAAACCUUUAAUCAUACUCCUCGGAUUAUCAGGAAUAGUCCUUUGGUCUCUGCUCGUAUGGACUCAUGACUUUGCCGGACUUAUGAUUCUGGAAACAAUAUAUGGGCUAUUUCGUGCCUCAGAAGUCGCUUAUUAUUCAUAUAUUUAUGCAAAAGUGGAUAAGGAGCACUACCAAAAGGUAACUUCUCAUACAAGAGGAGCCAUUCUGGCCGGUCGCUCGAUGUCUGGAGUCGUAGGACAGGUGGUUAUUUCCACGAACGUCUUAGAUUAUGAGCAACUAAACUACAUAUCCUUGGCAAGUGUUAGUGCUGCAACAAUAUGGGCUUUUUUCCUCCCGCCUGUCAGCCAAAGCCUCUACUUUCAUUCCGAUGAUUCCAAAAAGCAGCCACUUUCCAAAAAGACCAAGUCAGCUUUUAAGUUAAUGCGUACUCACUUUAUUAACGCCUUUACUAACAUGAACGUGUUGAAAUGGUCAGUUUGGUGGGCCCUUUCCACUUGCGGCUACGUUCAGGUGGAAGCUUAUCUUCAGCCCCUCUACGAGACUAUCCAAGCAGACGACUCCAACAUCUACAACGGCGCGGUUGAAGCCAUAAUAACCCUUCUCGGUUUUCUGGCGGCCCUUCUAGCCGGCUAUCUCAAAUUCGAUUGGGAGAUCAAAGGUGAACUCACCCUUGGAAUUUUUUCGUUGAUUCAGGGUGCACUGGUUGUUGUCGUUUCACAAACUGAGUACUUGUUUUUGUGCUACGGCUUCUACAUAGUGUUUGGUAUUUUGUAUCAUUUUAUGAUAACGAUUGCCAGUGCUGAAAUCGCGAAACGGAUAGACGAAGACAGUUAUGGGUUGAUUUUUGGUAUUAACAUGUUUGUGUCUUUGGUUUUUAAUUCGAUUUUGACGGAAGUUGUGGCUACUGAAGGUAUCGGAUUCGCGUUGGAACCGCGAGGACAGUAUGUGGUGUAUGGAGGAUACCAUUUGGCGAUUUCGUUGGUUUUUAUGGCGAUGGGUAUAAGGACUUGUGUGGUGGGCAGGAAGACGAAAGCAGUUGCUAGUGGUGACGGCGAGAAAAGAAAAAGUAUUCUGCCGUCCUAAGCAAGAAAGUCGUAGUUGGGUUAUUAGCAUUUUUAUAAAAUUACUUAACCCAACAUUUUUUUAAAUAUGUAUAUAUUGUUGAA